AUGGCCCGAAAUGCAGAAAAGGCUAUGACCACUUUAGCUCGAUGGAGGGCAGCACAGGUCCAAGAAGCAGGUGGCCAGAGAGAGCGACGUCCCUACCUUGCAUCAGAAUGCAAUGAUUUACCACAAGCUGAAAAAUGGAGAUUGCAAAUUGUGAGAGAAAUUGCUAAGAAAGUUGCUCAAAUACAAAAUGGUAACUAUAUUAAAUUUUAUAUAUCUUGA